AUGGAUAAACUAUUUAAAAAGACAGUUACAAAACCACAUAUUUAUUAUCUACCGUUGACCGAUGAAGAAGCGGCAGCCAGAGACCGAGUUAAACCAAGACCACCAUUCUUACUUCCACCAUCAGUCGAUAUCAGAAGAGAUAGAAAUAUUAUUAAUUUUUGA